AUGGCGUCGCCUUACAAGGACCUUGGGCACCACGAUCUCCCGACCCCCGAGCCCGACUCCCCUUCUCUGACUCGCCCGAGGCAGCCCUACCGCUUCUCGACGCUCUGCGCGACCGUCGACUCGCCCGAUGCGGACCACAAGGACCAGCAUGGGAGCUCUAGCGUGCCUAUCUACCAGAGCGCGACGUUCAAGGGCGUCGGGAACAGAUAUGAUUACACCCGGAGCGGGAACCCCACCCGGAGUCAUCUAGAACACCACAUCGCCAAGAUCUCGUCUGCUGCGCAUGCCUUCUCCGUGUCUAGCGGCAUGGCCGCGCUCGACGUUAUCACACGCCUGCUCAAGCCGGGCUCCGAAGUCAUCGCUGGAGAUGACCUCUACGGCGGCACGAAUCGCCUCCUGACUUACCUUCGCACACAUAUGGGCGUGAUCGUUCACCAUGUCGACACGACCAAGGCGGAGUCCGUCAUCCCGGUCCUCCAGCCAGGCAAAACUGCGAUGGUGCUCCUGGAGUCGCCCACGAACCCGCUCCUCAAAAUCGUAGAUAUUGCGGGCAUCAGCGCGCUCGUGAAGGAGAAGUGCGAGGAGGCAAUCGUGGUCGUCGACAACACCAUGAUGAGCCCCUACCUGCAGAGGCCAUUGGAGCACGGCGCGGACAUCGUCUACGACAGCGCCACGAAGUAUCUGAGCGGGCACCACGACCUGAUGGCGGGCGUCAUCACCUGCAACCGCGAUGACAUCGCGAAGCGUCUGAGCGUUUCCCAGAAUAUCGCGUUCCUGAUAAACUCAGUCGGCAAUGCGCUCUCGCCGUUCGACUCCUUCCUCCUCUUGCGUGGUAUGAAGACGCUUGCUAUCCGUAUGGACCGCCAACAAUCCACUGCUAUGCUGGUGGCCCAGAUGCUCUCUAAGCUUGGAUUUGCUACACACUACCCUGGACUACCGAAUCACCCCGGGAAGGAGAUUCAUGAUCGUAUCUCUGACGGCUAUGGUGCUGUGCUCUCCUUUGAGACCGGAGACAAGGAGCUCAGCGAGCGUAUCGUUGCUGCUACCCGCCUCUGGGGCAUCAGCGUGAGCUUCGGCUGUGUGAACAGUCUAAUCAGCAUGCCUUGUGUCAUGUCACAUGCUUCCAUUGAUCCUGCCGUUCGGGCCGCCCGUGGUCUCCCCGAGGACCUCAUCCGCCUUUGCGUUGGUAUCGAGGAUCCCGCGGACUUGCUCGACGAUCUCCGUCAUGCACUGAUCGAGGCUGGCGCGAUCACCUACGCCGCGAACGACUUUGUACGCAUUCCCAACCCUAUCAGCCGUGCCGUGGAGAAGCUCGCUCUCGGCGAGCCCCGUACCGAGCCCCGACGCGACAACAGAGAGUGGUUUGUCAGCGUUCCGGGCAAGGUGAUCUUGUUUGGCGAACAUGCUGUCGUACAUGGUGUGACGGCCGUCGCGGGUUCUUUAGAUUUGCGAUGCUAUGGUCUGACAUCCCCUCGACACGACGGCAAGAUUUCCGUACACUUCACUGACAUCAACAACUACAAACAUGAGUGGGAUCUGGACGAAUUGCCAUGGGACGCCGUGGUCCCGAUUCCCAAAGGCGACGAGCAUCCCGAGUCUCUAGACAUGCGCGUGAUCGAGGCGAUCAAGACUCGCGCCCUCCCCCCCGAGUCGCAGAUGCCGCCGAAGACACACGCCGCCGCAGUAGCUUUCCUCUACCUUUACAUGAUGAUGACCUGCAGCAGCCACCGGCCAUCCUUCCACUUCGUCUGCCGCUCGACCCUCCCCAUUGGCGCCGGCCUCGGCUCCUCCGCCUCCUUCUCCGUCUGCGUCGCCACCGCGCUGCUCAUCCUCCACCAGCGCAUGGAGCUCCCCGCGCUCCCCCCGCCCACGCGCGAGCCCAUCGCCCCUGGGGACCCCGGGCACGUGAACCUCUCGCACCAGGGCCGGCGCGCGAUCCCCCCCGCGCUCGCGGAGGAGACGAACCGGUGGGCGUUCGUCGCGGAGAAGGUGCUGCACGGGAACCCGAGCGGGAUCGACAACAGCGUCGCGGUGUUCGGCGGCGCGCUCGCGUAUGUGCGCCCUGGGUUCGGGAGGCGCAGCGGGAUGGAGCAUGUGCAGGGCUUCCGCUCGUUGCGGUUCUUGCUGGUGGACUCGACGGUACCGCGCGAUACGAAGGCGCUCGUGGCGGGCGUGGCGAGGAAGAAGAGUGCCGAGCCGGCGCUCGUCGCGCAGCUGCUGGACGCGAUACAGACGAUCAGUGACGAGGCGAGACGUGCACUUGCGGACCCCGAGCUGCCGCGCGGCGCGCUCCUUUCAGGAUUGGCGGCCCUCAUUGACGAGAACCAUGCCCACCUGGUGUCGCUCGGCGUAUCGCACCCCGCACUGGAGGCGAUCCGCGCCAAGACCGCCGCGUCGCCCUACAACCUCAGCACGAAGCUGACGGGCGCGGGCGGCGGAGGAUGUGCCGUCACCCUCGUUCCGGACGACUUCUCGGAAGAGGAUCUCCAGACCCUCAUCGCGGCCCUGAAGGCCGACGGGUACCACCCGUACGUGACCGCCGUCGGCGGGUCGGGCCUGGGCAUAUUGUCCCCGUACGACCCGAUCGUGGUCGACGAGCAGGAUCGUGUGUCGCCACCGAUGUCGCCGCCGAUGACCCCCAGGCCGCGCGACGAGCAGGAGGAGCCGUUCCGCCCGUCUAUCCGCCGCCGUUUCGAGGAGGUCGACGCGAGCGAGCUGUCGCAGUGGGCGUCGGGUCGCGGGAAGUGGCUGUACGUUUAA